AUGCCAUCCGGCAUCCUGCGGCACACCAAGUCUGGCCACGACCCCAUCCGUGCUUUCGGCACCAACGGAUGGCUGCACGCAUGCACGCAAAUAGAGACGACCCAGCCCCCUCAGCCAAUCAUGGCGGACCAGAGUGUGGCGCCCUUGGCCAGCGAGGUCAAUGAGCCGUAG